GUACGAUGUGUAAUUAUUGGAUAAGACUCUUUGUGUCGCUGUCUACCAAUGAAGAAUUGAAAAAUGAAGACAUCCUUCAGUCCUUCCGCAGCCCCGUACACACGCUGAGGAAGGAAGAGAAGGGAAAGCCAGCACCAGAUUGCGGUUGCAUCUCAGCCAUCUUUGAUCUCCUUUUAUUCGAGUCAUUCUACGCUGGGAGGGCAUGUUAUUUAUCAAUCAUUGUCCCUUGGACUUUGCACCAAGUCAAGAAGCUCUGAUCGAUAUAUACAUUUUAUUACUAUUUGCGACUGAGUUCGAAUGAGAGGACGUCUUUACACAGAUAAUGCAAACGUCGUUUUCCAUUAUCUUGCUUUACGUCUGGGAUUUUGUUUCUGCCCAGAUUCAUUACUCAAUUCCAGAAGAAUUAGAAGACGGCGCUUUCGUUGGGAAUAUUGCUAACGAUAUUGGAUUAAAUGCGAGAGAACUGUCUAUCCGCAGGUUUCGGAUCAUGUCAGCUGCAAAGAAGAGGUAUUUCGAAGUUAAUUUAAAGAAUGGUAUUUUGUUUGUUAAUGACAAAAUUGACAGGGAGCAGCUCUGCGGCCAAACUCUUACGUGCUUGCAAAAUAUCGAGAUUGUUACAGAAACACCAUUAAGACUGUACCGUGCUGAGGUUGAAAUACAAGAUAUCAAUGACAAUUCCCCCAGUUUUCCGCAGGAUGCGCUACGUUUGGAGAUUCUUGAGUCAACACCUCCGGGAACUCGCUUUCCACUACAGAGCGCGCAUGACCCCGAUGUCGGUACAAACUCUGUUCACACUUAUAACCUCAGUCCAAAUGAUCACUUCACGCUGAAUGUUCAAAACAGCAGUGAUGGAACUAAGAGUGUAUUUUUGGUGCUGGAUAAAUUAUUGGAUAGAGAAAAACAAGCUCUACACACUUUACUUCUUAGUGCCUUAGAUGGCGGGAUUCCAACACGAUCUGGUAAUGCCCAAAUUAUUAUCGCUGUACUUGAUGCCAAUGACAAUCUGCCUGUAUUUGAUCAGUCUGUUUAUUGGGUGAAAGUGAUUGAAAAUGUAAUCGCUAAUACAUUAGUUAUUAACCUUAAUGCUACUGAUUUGGAUGAAGGCACAAAUGCAGAAAUAAUUUACUCUUUUAGCAGUUACACUCCAGACAAAUUGUAUGAACUGUUUAGUAUAGAACCUCAUACAGGAAAAAUCACAGUUAAUGGAGUAUUGGAUUAUGAAGAAGCCAACGUCUACGAGAUUAACGUGCAAGCCAGAGACCAGGGUCCUAAUUCUGUUCCUGCAUAUUGCAAAGUUGUAGUGGAGAUUGUCGACGUGAAUGACGUCAUACCUGAGCUGACGCUGAUGUCAUUAUCCAGCUCCAUAACUGAAAAUGCUACGAUAGGAACGAUGAUAGCUCUAAUCAGCGUAGCGGAUCCGGAAUCUGGAGAAAAUGGCAAAAUUAGUUGUUAUGUUCCCAAUAACCUUCCAUUCCGGUUGAAACCGUCUUUCAAGAACUCUUACAUGUUGGUUAUUCGUGCAUUAUUGGAUAGAGAAACUGUUCCUCAAUACACAAUUAAUGUCACUUGUUCAGAUGCUGGAUCGCCUCGUCUCUUCACCAACAAAAUCAUUGUACUGGCGAUCUCUGACAUUAACGACAAUGCACCACACUUCACAAAGUCAACGUAUACAGCCUAUAUAUUGGAAAACAAUACGCCCGGAGCAAUAAUCUGCUCGGUUACGGCUUUUGAUUCUGACCUCGGUCAAAACUCUGACAUUUCUUACUCUAUUAUGGCGAGUCAGAUUCAAGGCGUGCCUAUCGAGUCCUUUGUAUCAAUUAAUUCAGAAAAUGGAGAAAUAUUUUCACAGCGUUCAUUUGAUUAUGAGCAAUUUAAGAACUUUCAAAUCCUCGUCCAAGCUCGAGACGCUGGAACCCCAUCCCUCAGUAGUAAUGUUAUUGUAAACGUUGUAAUCCUCGACCAAAACGACAACUCUCCUGUUGUCGUAUCUUCCCUGUCAAAAAAUGGAACUUACGUAAUGAUGCCUCGAUCAGCAAAUCCAGGUUACCUGGUGACAAAAGUGACUGCAGUUGAUGCUGAUUCUGGACAGAAUGCCAGAUUGAUUUACCAAUUGAUCCAAUCUACUGAUAGAACUCUUUUUACUGUUGCACGCAAUUCGGGAGAAAUCAGAACCAUGCGACUCUUUGAAGACAGAGACUCAACUACACAAGUGCUCAUAAUCUUGGUAAAGGACAAUGGUCAUCCUUCCCUCUCCACUACUGUCACAGCUACAUUGUCGCUGAUAGAUAAGACUGCUGCAAUUAUGUCAGAUGUUAGCAAUCAACCCCAAGAUAUUGAGCAAUCGACGGAUUUCGCCAUCUAUAUAAUAAUAUCCCUAGGUACUGUCUCAUUCAUCCUUUUUUUGAUAAUAAUUGCGCUCGUUACCACAAUGUGCCACAAUAGCAAUGAUCACAUCGACGAUUGUUCUCUGAUGAAUUGUUGUUUUGGACGUGAGAUUAGAAACAAUACAUCGAAGCAGUCUCAUGCAAAUCCUCGGAUGGCGCCCAACGUUCAACCAACUACAAAUGUUAUGGAAGUUCGUGGUACUGGGUCACUCUCUGAGACGUAUUGCCUGAUUCGUCCAACAACUGAACGCGAGAAUGGGAACUGCAUACUUCUCACGCCUUUCGGUUCUGCAACACGUCGAAGCAAUAUCAAGAAUACUGACGUGCAUUUCUCAGAAUACAAUCAGCAAACAAAACCAAAGCCGAAUAUUAUCAGUGAGUUUUAUUCGUUUGCCUUCUGGAAGAACCUAACUACGUCCCUAUGAAUUUUCCUGCGAGUUAACUCCUUCCGUUGCUACGUUCAACAAACAAAACAACCUACGUUUGAAUAAAACUUCCCAUGGCAACAGAUUUCAUUUGAUGGAUUUCUGGAAAGGUGGUGGCAUUUUCAUUCAUUGCUGGUGCU